AUGAAGCUACUGUUUUUCCUUGUCGUUGCUCCUCUGGUGUCAUGCCAAUUUUAUUGUGCUGAUCUCCUUCAGCAAUGUGCCAAAUCUGCUGCUGAAUACACUGAACAGAUUCUUCAAUAUAAAGAAAAUGCAUUCAAAGCUUGCGUCAGAAGACCUUCUUGUCAUACAGAACGAAAAAUCUUCGAUGAAUGUUUUGAUGCGUCGGUUUCUGCAACUCAUGUAACAGCAACUCAAGAAUCAACUUCGAAUGAUGGAGAGACUCGCAGAGCAACACCUCCCCCAAUGGUCAAGUACAAUAGCUUGCUGAAAUAUUUCACUGAAAAUUCUAUGAAAUUCCGAAGUGCCCUGGAUCAAUGUUUUGUUCGAUCCCCAUUCGUUCCUAAAAGAAAUUUCUUCGGCCCUAGCCUUCUGGACGAAGAUGCUGCCUACGCGCGCGCAAUUUAUCAAUUCGAUCUUGCCGACCGAUUGUGGGGACUACCUGAAUUAUCGAUCACUCGACCAAGCUUAGAUUCUCUUGGCGUUUGCGGAACGCGUAAUACAGCACUUCGAGUUUUUGGAAGCGGGAUUUCUAGAAUAAGUCGGGCUUCUGACCCAACUAAAAAUAAUAUCACAUCGGCUUGUAUGCUGGAUGAAGAUGAAAUAACAUGUUAUCGUCAAGCACUCGACAUGAACUCAGAAUACGUUCAAUUGAUUUACAAUAGGGAUUAUGCUCUGCGAGGAUGCAUCCAGAAUGUCCGUCAACAAAGUGUCUGUCGGAUGCAUGACAAAUCCCGUCUCCGUGCCUGUUUGUGUGGCGUUCGCGAACAAUAUGACAAUGAUGUUCAAUCCGGAAUCCUGCAAUGUGUCAAGUCCAACAGUCCACAAAUGCCAGCGAUGGUCAUUGAGAUGAGCAGUAGUAUUGACGAGGAACCAAGUUCUUCUUCUUCUUCUUCAUCAAAGAUUCAAGAGCAAGUUAACCCGGCACAGUUGACAUUCGAUACUCCUGGGGCUGUCGUUAAUGGGCAAUGCAUGUGUGCUUGUGAGAACGGAAAAAAUGGAACAUCUCGUUCUUUUUUGCAAAGACAACCGGAAGAAGAAACAAAAGAAAAAUCAAAAACAAGUGAAAGAGAAAUCCGUGAGGAAGUGGUGGAGAUGGAAAGUGUAAGAGAUGAGGAACCCCCAAAAUCUAAUGCAGUCAAGUUUAAAGAGAAUUCUCCGCGUUUGAUGCAACCCAGUGAAGCAGCUGGGAGAGUAUUUUGGAUGAAUAACAUAACUAUCAUCUGA